CCCAUUUUCCGAAUCCCAAUACUCCCUCUCCACACUUUUUUCUUCUUUCUUGCCGUUGACUGACUGCUUCUAAAAUCAUCAAAAUCUCUCUCUUUCUCUGUCUGCCUUUUUUUCUUUUUUAAUUUAAAUUUUCUCUUUUGAAAAAAAAUUUAUAUAAACCCAUUUUUGAAAAACCCAAAUGGGAGAUUCAGUUUUUAAAAAUAUCAGUUAAUUACAAAAUGAGUAGUGGUGGUGGUGAACUUCAGUCUCUAUCUUUGUUCAAUUCCUCACCGUUGGGUUUUGCAGUUAUGGACGGCGCCGCCGCCGUCAUAGAACCAUCUUUCUCGCCGGCGAUUUCGACGGGAUAUUUGGAAGAUGCAUUAGUUGAGUACACUUCAAAACGACGCCGUUUGGAUCACCAUCUUUUUCAAUUUGAAUUCCCACAAAGCUGUUGGAGUGCCCUCGAGGGUUACGAUUGGAACAACCAAAUUGAUGAUAUGAAUAAUAAUAAUAAUUAUUAUUAUUAUCAUAAUUAUGAUGCAGUUUCUACAGAAGAGGGAAUAAGCAGUUCGUCGAAAAGCAGAAUGAGUGAAGAAACGAGUAUGGAUAUGAUGAAAACGCAAGAAGUGGAUACGUAUUCGACUCCAAAUUACUACUAUGAACAUUAUGAUCCAAAUUCUUCUUCUUCAUCUAAUUCUUCUAAAUUACACAAAGUUGAGGCUGAAGCUGAGUUUCUGGCUGAUAAGGAAUCAAUUUUCUCCAUUUCUCGCAACCUGCCUAUUUCAACAGGUUUUUUCUUUUUCUUUCAUCCAUUUGCAUUAGUGAAGCCAGGCGGCAUAGAAGGUGAUAUGACCUUAAACGACAUAAACCAAAAGAUUUUAAUGCCUCCAACCCGGCCGGUUCGACACCCGGUCGGGGAUUUCGCCUGUCGACCAUGCGUGUCGGCGGAUGGACCGGGCCUAUCGGGCAAAGCCGUGGUGGCCUUGACCAAAAUUCAUACUCAAGGAAGAAGAGGCACCAUCACCAUUAUUAGAACCAAGGGUUAAUAUUAACCCCAAAUAUUUAUUACUACUUCAAUCAAAGUCUUUAAGCUGUUCCAACUUUAUCAAUUGGGUUUGCCUCUUUGAAUUGUACAGAGGGGAGAGAGAGAGGAAAAUAUGUAUGUAAUAUAAUGAUUGAGAGAGAGAAGGGAGGAGUUAAUGAAUUUGUACUUAUAUCAUAGUUUAAUUAAAGCCUAGAAUUAUUUAAAGUAGGAACUACACCUAAUUUAAUGCUCUAUUUUUCUUAUACACUAAAAAUUGGAAUGCAACCA